AAUUUGAUACUGAUGCUUGUUUUUGGGUGGUAGGAAUCGUACGAAGGGCAGCAAGAUAUACAGUUGAUGAGGUUUGCUGAUUAUUUUGGACGUGCAUUUUCUUCUGUGAGCGCGUCUCAAUUUCCGUGGCUUAAGUUGUUCAGGGAGUCUGCCGUGGCAAAAAUCGCCGAUGUCCCUGUUUCUCAUGUUUCUGAAGCUGUUUACAAGGCUUCAGUUGACUGGAUCAAUCAUCGUUCCAACGAGGCAUUGGGAACCUUUGUGGUCUGGUCAUUAGAUUGCAUAUUUGCUGACUUGGCUAGCCAACAGUUGGGAUCUAAGGGUCCAAAGAAAGCCGGACAGCAAGCAUCUUCAAAGUCUCAGGUUGCUAUCUUUUUAGUUUUAGCAAUGGUAUUGCGGCGGAAACCUGAUGUACUUAUUAACUUAUUGCCAAAUUUGAGCGAAAACUCGAAGUAUCAAGGACAAGAUAAGCUCACAGUUAUUAUAUGGAUGGUAGUUCAGGCAUGUCAAGGAGACUUAGCUGUAGGGUUGUAUUUAUGGGCUCAUCAUAUUUUGCCUGUACUUGGAGGAAAAUCAGGGUCUAACCCUCAAUCCAGGGACUUGGUUUUGCAGUUGGUGGAAAGAAUUCUGGCUGUACCAAAAGCUCGUGGCAUAUUAGUAAAUAAUGCCGUUAGGAAGGGCGAGCGCCUUGUGCCACCUGUAGCACUUGACCUAUUGUUACAUGUCGCUUUUCCUGCUUCAUCUGCACGAGUUAAGGCUACCGAAAGAUUUGAGGCAAUUUACCCACUUCUGAAAGACGUUGCUCUUGCUGGUUCCCCUGGAAGCAAAGCAAUGAAGCAAGUGGCUUUGCAGAUCCAGACUUUAACUGUUAAAACAGCUGGAGAAGGUAUUCCGUCACUAUCUGAGGAAGCAUCUAGCAUCUUUAUAUGGUGUUUGGUUCAGAAUCCUGAUUGCUACAAGCAGUGGGACAAGAUUUACGAGGAUAACAUAGAGGCUAACGUAGCUAUCUUACGAAAGCUUUCCGAGAAUUGGAAGGAGAUUUCUUCGAAACAUUCCUCUCUUCAACCACUUGGGGAAACUCUGAAGAGUUUCCGUCAAAAGAACGAGAAAGUGUUGAGUGGAGGAGGAGAUGUGACUCGACAAGGUUUGUUCAAGGAGGCCGAUAAAUACUGCAAGGUAAUUUUGGGAAGGGUAUCGAGUGGGCAUGGUUGCGUGAAAAUCGUGGUGUUUACUAUUGCCGUGCUUGCUGUGGGAGCUGCUGUUGUUUCCCCAAAACAUUGAUGCUUGGGAUUGGAGUAAGUUGUCCGUAUGG